AUGUCUCGUGACUGUGACCCAGGAGACAUGUCUAGUGACUGUGACCCAGGAGACAAGUCUAGUGACUGUGACCCAGGAGACAAGUCUAGUGACUGUGACCCAGGAGACAUGUCUAGUGACUGUGACCCAGGAGACAUGUCUAGUGACUGUGACCCAGGAGACAAGUCUAGUGACUGUGACCCAGGAGACAUGUCUAGUGACUGUGACCCAGGAGACAUGUCUCGUGACUGUGACCCAGGAGACAUGUCUAGUGACUGUACCCAGGAGACAAGAGACAAGUCUAGUGACUGUGACCCAGGAGACAUGUCUAGUGACUGUGACCCAGGAGACAUGUCUCGUGACUGUGACCCAGGAGACAUGUCUAGUGACUGUCAACCAGGAGACAUGUCUAGUGACUGUCAACCAGGAGACAUGUCUAGUGACUGUGAACCAGGAGACAUGUCUAGUGACUGUCAACCAGGAGACAUGUCUCGUGACUGUGACCCAGGAGACAUGUCUAGUGACUGUGACCCAGGAGACAAGUCUAGUGACUGUGACCCAGGAGACAUGUCUAGUGACUGUGACCCAGGAGACAUGUCUAGUGACUGUCAACCAGGAGACAUGUCUAGUGACUGUGAACCAGGAGACAUGUCUAGUGACUGUGAACCAGGAGACAUGUCUCGUGACUGUGACCCAGGAGACAUGUCUAGUGACUGUGACCCAGGAGACAUGUCUAGUGACUGUGACCCAGGAGACAUGUCUAGUGACUGUGACCCAGGAGACAAGUCUAGUGACUGUGACCCAGGAGACAUGUCUAGUGACUGUGACCCAGGAGACAUGUCUCGUGACUGUGACCCAGGAGACAUGUCUAGUGACUGUCAACCAGGAGACAUGUCUAGUGACUGUCAACCAGGAGACAUGUCUAGUGACUGUGAACCAGGAGACAUGUCUAGUGACUGUCAACCAGGAGACAUGUCUCGUGACUGUGACCCAGGAGACAUGUCUAGUGACUGUGACCCAGGAGACAAGUCUAGUGACUGUGACCCAGGAGACAUGUCUAGUGACUGUGACCCAGGAGACAUGUCUAGUGACUGUCAACCAGGAGACAUGUCUAGUGACUGUGAACCAGGAGACAUGUCUAGUGACUGUGAACCAGGAGACAUGUCUCGUGACUGUGACCCAGGAGACAUGUCUAGUGACUGUGACCCAGGAGACAAGUCUAGUGACUGUGACCCAGGAGACAUGUCUAGUGACUGUGACCCAGGAGACAUGUCUAGUGACUGUGACCCAGGAGACAUGUCUAGUGACUGUGACCCAGGAGACAUGUCUCGUGACUGUGACCCAGGAGACAUGUCUAGUGACUGUGACCCAGGAGACAAGUCUAGUGACUGUGACCCAGGAGACAUGUCUCGUGACUGUGACCCAGGAGACAUGUCUAGUGACUGUGACCCAGGAGACAUGUCUAGUGACUGUGACCCAGGAGACAUGUCUAGUGACUGUGACCCAGGAGACAUGUCUAGUGACUGUGACCCAGGAGACAUGUCUAGUGACUGUGACCCAGGAGACAUGUCUAGUGACUGUCAACCAGGAGACAUGUCUAGUGACUGUCAACCAGGAGACAUGUCUAGUGACUGUGACCCAGGAGACAUGUCUAGUGACUGUCAACCAGGAGACAUGUCUAGUGACUGUGACCCAGGAGACAUGUCUAGUGACUGUGACCCAGGAGACAUGUCUAGUGACUGUGACCCAGGAGACAUGUCUAGUGACUGUGACCUAGGAGACAUGUCUAGUGACUGUGACCCAGGAGACAUGUCUAGUGACUGUCAACCAGGAGACAUGUCUAGUGACUGUCAACCAGGAGACAUGUCUAGUGACUGUGACCCAGGAGACAUGUCUAGUGACUGUGACCCAGGAGACAUGUCUAGUGACUGUGACCCAGGAGACAUUGACAUAAUAUAA